CUCCAUACAUAGAGAUGAUGAAGAACAACUUCUUCUUUUUUCGAUCAUCAACUAAUGAUGCAAACAAGACCCCUUCACCACCAUUAAAGUCCAAGGAAGUUUCUUCUUGGAGGAGUGUUUCAUUAUCAUCUGGAUCCUUCUAUGACAGUGGGUCAGGAAAAAAGAAUUUCACAGAUCUGAGAAAAUCUCCCCAUGGUCACAGUAAGAAAGUUCAUCCUAAGAAAUCUGGUCAUGAUUUAAGCCGAGACCUUAGCGCUCCGGUGUUGAUUCGGACUAUUAGAAUAUUGACAAAGGAGAAGGUACAAAUAGCUUCUGAAGUUUCAAGCAUGCCACGGAAUCAAGUUGUUGAAUGGGCUUCUGCUAAAGAAGAAGCCAGCAUAUUACAGGCAGAACUAGAUUCACGGACACGAAGAUUGGAGACAAAAAAGAAUGAGUUACAAUCAAUACUGAAAAAGGAGUUGGAUAGAAGAUCCAGCGAUUGGUCUCUAAAACUUGAGAAAUACCAAAUUGAACAACAUAGACUCCGUGAAAGGGCGAGCAGAGCAGAAUGUCUCUCUACAAAGGGAAAUCUCUUCAUUUAA